UCUCCUGAGAAAUGGAAAUGAGUGGAAAUGAAAGUGAAGGCAAAAAGAAACUCACUCAGGUAGGACUCAAUAGAAGAGGGACAGAGUACUCACCAAAGAGUUUCUUGUGUUCAGAGUUGAGGUUUAAACUGGACGAAUAUCAAUAUCUAUUGUUCUUUGAAGCCAAAAGUCUGACGGACACAGAGAGGAAGAAGGUCAGGACAUUUUUCAGAUAAGAAGACUUUCUGGGGGAGGUGACUGUUCCGCAAUCCAAGCCGUCGGAGGUGAUGUCUACAAAAUCUGCUUCAAGGACAAAGAAGACCAGAAAAGAGUUUGGCAGAAGAAGCUUCACAUGGUCCCUUUAGCUUCCGGAGAACGACAUCUGACCAUGAGCCAAACAAAUUCAUCACAGAAACCUGAUCAGCCAUAGACGCCGACGUUUAAAAAACCAAACACACAAAAAAGACCAAUAGGCAGGUAUAACCCAGCACCUCUAAGCCACAGUGACAUGAAGAGAAACCUGAGUUUGAAGACUGUGAUGCUGCAGGGCGCCGCAGCUGUACCUCCAGAUCUGGACCAGGUGAAGGAAAUGCUCAUCAAAGCCAAGAACGUGGCAAACUCUGGAGAAAUCCGAGUGGAUAUCAGCUUCAUCCCAGUGGGAACCACAAUGAUGGAAGUUCGACUGGUGGGCUACAGUGAAAAUGUGAACCAGCUGGAGAAGGUUCUGUGUGACUACCAGACGAACCAGGCCCCCACACAAGAAAGUCUGAACCUACCAAUUCCUGAACUGGUUUACUGUUUAGAUGAAGUCUUAGACCUGAUUGGCUUGAAACACACGAAAGUGACGCUAAAAACCUCAACUACCCCAAAUCCUUGUGUGCUCCUGUCUGGUCGCCGUUGUCACGUAGAUGAGGUGAAGCAGGCUCUGAUCUCCGCUCUCACCUGCCUGACAUCAGACACACUAGUACUAGACGGACCAGGGCCUCAGCAGUACUUCAAGGCAGAUGGCAAAAUAAGCAAAGAUCUCAUACAGAGUUCCUGUCAGGUCCUUAUCAGAGAACAUCCAGGUUUGAACUCCCCGGAUGUGAGGAUCAGCAGCCCUGUCCCCAGCCUCACACCCAGGCCUUCAGAUGAAAGAUCUUGCCUCAACCCCGUCGAGAACAUUGCAGCCAACCAAACAAACCUGCAGAUUAAGCUUGGCACGUUGGAGGAUCAACAGGUGAACGUGUUGGUGGUUCCCAUGCUCCACAAACAGCUGACUUCAACUAAAGUGGGAAAGAAUCUGUUGACUAAAGCAGGGAGCACAAUGCAGUCCAACUUUGACGCAGCUGCUGCAAAGUGUACCAUCAACCCUGGAGAUGUUCUGCAGGUCGCUGGGCCUCCAUCUCUUAGCUGCAACAAGCUCUUCUUCAUUGAGUGUUUGCCCUGGGAUGGAGUCAGAGGGCGGAGUGAGCAGGCUCUGAGAAAGGGUCUGAGGAGAUGUUUGGACCUCUGUGUGCAGCAGGAAUUGAGUUCAGUUGCCUUUCCAGUGAUUGGACCUGGAAUUGUGUUAGGUUACCCGCUCUGUGCCGCCAUUGAAGCUCUGACUGAGAGCAUUUACCAGUUUGGAUCAUCGGGAUUCAUCGGUUCACUCUCCAACAUCUAUGUCGUCAUUAAACCUGAUUAUCCGGACUCUGAGUGCUACCAUGCUGUCUACCGAUCACUCAGCUUGAAUAUGAACCUGGGAGGUCAAGGUAAACUCGACAGCUAAUAUAUGGAGGACGAAACAUG